AUGCCACCAGCACCUAUGCCUGCAUCGACGCCAUCGUCCCUCCCCUCCCUCCCCGCAAGCCCGAGCGGCCUCCUCCGCAUCCCCGAGCCGCUGCUCAAGUGGCCAGACCUGUACACGCAGGCGACGCUUGCCGCCCAGCUCGACGCACACGGGGGGAUCACGACACCGCUCUCCCGGCAGUGCAUUACCGAGCUUUUCGCCCUCGUGUCCUCGGUCUUCAGCAGCACGUUCGCCACCGGCGCUCAACUCGCUGCCGCGCGGACGCUGGUCGACGACGUGAUGGCGCGGAUUAUCGCCGCCGCUCCGCACCCCGACUCGACGCCGACGCCGCCCACGUCCCUCACCUCGAGUCCAGCAGCGUCGAAACAGUCCUUCAGGGAGGGCGUGCCGUUGUCGCCGCCGCCGCCGUCUGCGGGCGCCCGCCGCAGCGAGGCCAGCAACCAGGGACUCGUGUCCAACAGCUCAUGA